AUGGCAGGAAUCUCUGCGCUGUGGCGGACCAAACCCAUCUGGGUGAUCCACGCCGAGGAGAACUCGCAGGAGAUCCCGCGCACGUUAAACCUCUUCGACUUGUGCUGCAUUGGCAUAGGAGCCACGAUUGGCACUGGCAUUUUUUCCACCGCGGGGUCAAUCAUCAGCAAAACAGCCGGCCCUGCGGCAGUACUGAGCUGGCUAAUCGGUGGCGUGAUUUGCUGCCUCAAUGCUCUGGCGUACAUGGAGUUAUCCACGCGCGUGCCGUCCUCGGGCAGCACGUACGCCUAUGCUUACCACACAAUUGGCGAGCUUCCUGCGGUCGUUGCGGCGUGGUUGCUGACUCUCGAGUACGCAGUAAGUGGUGCGGGUGUAGCGCGUAGCUGGGGCGACAAGGUGGAGGAGUGGCUGCUGCUCGAGUACCCGGACAAGAGCUUCCAUUGGCUGAACCUGCAGUCGGCUAAUCUUAGCGGGGGUCUCAUCCAAUUCCUCAGCAUGGUGGUUCUGCUGAUGGGCGUCCGAUUUGGCAAGGCGUUCGUGAACACUGUGACAGUCAUCAAGGUGUGCGUCGUUGCGUUCAUCAUUGUCGCUGGGACUGCUGCAAUGAACCUGGACAACUUGUCACCAUUCAUUCCUGCGCGUUCUGAGGUCGAUGGUACCAUGGCCUUUGGAAUGCAAGGCAUUAUGACUGGUGCUUCGCAGGCGUUCUUUGGCUACGCUGGUUUCGAAGAGAUUUGCUGCCUUGCCGGCGAGACCAAGAACCCCAAGAAGAUCAUGCCGAUCGCCGUUAUGAUCGUUUCGAUCGGCACAAUGGUGCUAAGUGUGCUCUGCUCUCUCGUGCUGGCCGGUAUGGUGCCCUAUCUUGAAGCAGGAAGCUUCGGUGUUGGAUUUGAAGGCCGUGGCUGGAAAUGGGCUGGAAUCAUCGUGCGUGCUGGUGAGAUCGUGACAAUGCCCGUGGUAGCACUCAUUGGUUUCCUCGCUCAACCUCGCCUGAAUUAUGCGCUUGCGUGCGACGGACUGUUGCCGCGCGUGUUUGCUGAAGUGGAUUCCAAGGGCAAUUUGUUCAAGAACACGCUCAUCACAGGACUUGUCUUCACGGUUAUUGCUGUUAUGGUGCCCUUCAGCACUUUGUGGGAAAUUGUCAACUUCGGCGUCAUCAUGUCGUUUAUCCUCGCCAAUGUAUCGCUGACAUUAGCGCGUAUGAAGCCCCAGUCUCCGAAGCUGUCCUCAAUCCUCGUUGCCGCGCUGGCUGUAACAGCUGGAUGCACAGCCUUUUUGUACCAGGAGGGCUAUCAGAACAACGCAUCCAUCGUGUGUCUGGUACUUGCCAUGAUUUUUCUCGUUGCGACCGUUGGAAUUUCGGUCGUGCUGUUCGUCAAGUGUCCACAAACUGCCAAUGCGCCUGGUUUGUUCGCCGCCCCCCUGGUGCCGUUUAUUCCGACGCUUUGCAUCCUUGCCAACUGGUACAUGAUCGCGCAGAUCAGCCACGUCGCACUAGGUCUCAGUGUGGCUUGGAUGACGAUUGGAGCGCUUUCGUACUUUGGCUACGGCUACUUCUACGCAGAAUCCCGCAGCGACUGGGGCCGGUUGAUGGGCCAGGCCCUGCCUUCUUACAGCGGCAGUAUUUCGGUUAAAUAUUCGGUGCAGGACGUGAAGUUAUCCGCCAUUUGA